AUGGAAGCAAUCCGUCACUACAUCCGUGAGUUGAUCCCAGAACUGCUCGAAGAGGUCCUCUUUCCUCCAAAACAAACACAGCGGUCGUGGAGCAGGCUGUUAUUUGUCUGGAAGUGGCAAAAGGAUCCGCUUUUGAAUGUGUACCAAGCCAAGCAAAUACUAAUACGUCGAAUAUGGAAGAAUCCUUCCACGAUGCUUUUCCUUUUUGGAACGAUGUAUUUUUCUGUGAAUCUAUUAAUUAUAAUUCUGCGUCUGGUGUAUUACAGUACUCGUUCAGCAGUGCGUAGCAUCAAAGCACUCUGUGGCCGCCCCACUCAAACCAAAGCCACUCCUGGAGUCUAUACCAUGUGUCGCUAUGGCAAUGGAUAUGACUCCAUUUUGAGGUCACUCUUCGCCUUGGUGGAGCUUGUAUGGUUUUUGCGCUUCAUUCAAUACCCAGGGCUCUUAACUGCACAUGAAGGUAGCCAGACAUCUGCCGUCACGCCGGCGUCAUCCCUACCACUGCCCACCUUUGACGCCUUUCUGCCUACUCCGCUAUCGAAAGAAGUGCUCGUUACUGGUAUUGAGUUAGUUCUGGCACUCAUAGCGCUAUUAGACAUGCAACGCAUAUUUCACGCGUUGAUUGGUAUCCGUCCCCUCUUCCUUGCCAACGGCUGGGAAGGCUGCCCAGUCUGUGAGGAAAGCUGGCGCGUAUCGAGGUGGACUGCCAACAGGGUUCACAUGUGCUCGCGUCUCUGGCUCUUUCCGGGUUCCACUGACUCUGGGAUAAAGGGAAAUGUUUCCCAUUCAAAAAAAAAUGGCCAGAUUCAGACUACGUCGGAUAAAAGUUGCGGAAACGCGAACGACGUCGGAUCGGGUAGGAUGAUGCCUCUCAGAAGUGAUGAACAUCACAACUCCAUGAGGUAUGCGGCGCGUCCGGGCGACAACUUUCCAGACCCAAACAGCGUCUCCUGGCUUUCCUUUCUCAUCUACAGCUGGCUCAACCCCCUUCUCAACGUCGCUGUGUUGUCGCCGUUUGGAAUCUUUAGCCCCCCUCCGACGGAUGCCUUUACCGACGGUGGUAGAAGCCUGACUCGAGCACAGCUAGCGGUAGCCGCGCGACUUCCAAGACUUUUGGAUAAGUGUCGAGCACAGGAAAAUGGCGACUGUGCGUGGCGUCUGUGGUGUUCGCGGCGGCGAACCGGCACCACCGAAGAGUUAACCCCGAAACAACGCAAUACUGUCGGCUCAGUGUUCCGCUACGUGACAGGCCCAAUCCGAAGGGGUCUCGUGUGCGCCUUUCAGCACUUUUUUAUCCCCCCAUCAGUGCCAGGGCUAAGUAAAAUGCCUUCAAAUUUAAAUGCGUCUCGUAAAUCUCGAAGCGUAAACGCGGCUUCUUCUCGGCACACUAAAAAGGGGAUUUUUGAGCUCUUUCUGCAACAUCCCAUCGGCCAUGAGUAUGUCUACAAGUGUGUACCACUAAAAAUCGCCAACGACGUGGCUGGCGGAUGCGUUCCAUACAUUGUGCGAGAGCUUGUCCUGUUUCUGAAGGAAGUCAGUAGCCUUGGGAACAAAUCUCCUCCCCCUAAGAAGGGGACUCUGCAGGAGUUUUUGCCCGAUUCCAGGGAAGCCCACCUCGGCCGGGGGUUCUUCUUAUGCCUCCUGAUGUUUGUAAUAGUCUUAGCACAAGGGUUUUUUUUCCAGACCUACUUAAACUAUCUCUAUCAAGUCUCAAUGAAUGUUACCAGUACACUGAAGGUAUUGCUGCUACGGCACGCACUCCAUUCUCGUUCCGCCUUCACCACGAGUAAAAACACGGGAGAAGCGGAGACAGAAGAAACGGACGAUGAGGAGGGAGGGAAUAGUCCACCUGCAGCACCCUCUAAGGAAAUCCAAGCAUCUCGAAGGGGAGUGGAGCCAACGGCAAUAUCAGGAGGGAGCAUGAAUUCCACCUCAUCUGGCAGCAAAACUCAGGAAGAGGCAAAGUCGGGGGGUCGAUCCCUUAUGAGCGAAACCGAAAUCAUUUCGCUAUCGACGAUUGAUGCAACAAACUGCGGCGAGACGCUCAUCUUUCUACACAAUGUCUGGGGACAUCCUUUAAUUAUUCUCGUCUCUUUGACGACAAUGUACUCCUAUGUGGGUUGCUUUGCUACUGCUACCACUUUCGCAGUGUUGGUUGCCACGAUUCCGUUGAAUAAGUUAAGCUCCUUUCGCAUUAGCCAAGCACGAGGAGCCGCGAGAAAAAACAACAGACGAAUUACCGAUCUCGGCUGUAUACUUUCUUCCAUGCGCACGGUCAAGGCAAUGGCAUUAGAAAAUGUUAUGUGGUGGCGCAUAAAGGACGCGCGCCGGGAUGAAAGCGACGCUAUAAAAACACUUGCGUGCGCUGAAAGCACGUCCACGUUACAAACAGAGCUCAUCACGCUAAUGAUUUCGCUGGUGUGUUGUGGGAGCUACCUCCUCGUCGGUGGAAAGAUGGAUGCAGCGGUGCUAGUGCCGACAAUGGCCGCACUCAACACCAUGCGCUUUCCUUUAUGGACCUUUCCGAGGUUAUGUUCUCAGAUCUCAAGCGGUUUCAUCUCCAUGAAGCGAAUCGAACGCUACCUGCAGUCUGGGACUUCAUCAACACACCGGGGGAUACAAGAGGCCUGUGAAAAUGCUUCAGGUUCGAUGUCAAGCUUUUCUGGCGUCUUGACGAGUCGAAUGGGUCCGGAGGACGAAGACGAGACUGGCAUUGCUCCGCUGCCACGUGGCGCUGUGCGCUGCGAUGGGUGGAGCUUUGCAUGGUCAACGAAGGGGGUCUCGAGUGCGGUGACAGCGGCGGAAGGAGGUACCAACUGCUUCCUUCAUGGCCCAACAGGCGAAGGAGCGGGUAAUGGCGACGAUCCUAGCAAUGGUCUUACCUGUAACUCAAAUAAAGUGUCAUCCCCGCUGCUCAAGGAUAACCACUUCUCGGGUUUGACGACAUCCAACUCUGUCGUCCUGCACCAGGUAUCUAUGGACAUCAACCCCGGGGAAUUCGUUAUAGUUCAGGGCCCGACCGGGAGCGGUAAAAGUGCGUUGCUGCUGUCGAUCCUGAAUGAGCUAUGCCCGAUAGCGGAGCAACAGUACAGCCUCGGUAGCAGUGGUGUGUGGUCCCCUCUCUCGUUAUCUUCUCGAGCGAAUAAGCUUACGGUGUCAUCGAAGUUCGAGGAAGAGUCGCAGUUGCGGUCCAACGGCAGUCCGCAUCCAUCUAAAAAUAGCACUAUGUUUUCUACGAUAAAACCAGGAGGUCCAAGACAGUGGUGUCAUCAGUAUCAGCCGCGUGGAUUCGAAGUGGGCGGUCGUGUGGCAUAUUGUGCAGAAAUACCGUGGCUUAGAAACCAGACUGUGCGGGAGAAUAUUCGCUUGCUUCCAGACGAGGCACCGGAGACCGAGGAAGAGCGAAGAUGGUACCACCGUGUGUUGCACGCGUGUGCCCUAACGCAUGAUCUAGACUCAAUGGAACUCGGUGAUCGCACAGUCGUGGGAGAUAGCGGCUCAAAACUUUCUGGCGGUCAAAGAGCACGUGUCGCGCUUGCACGUGCUGUGUUUCGACUGCACAGCGUAGAUGUCAUCUUGCUGGAUGAUAUCCUUUCUGCGUUAGAUGUAGAAGUGCAGAAACACAUCAUAAGACAUGUUUUUCAUGGUCUCAUGCGCGAAGAGGGAUGUGAAGGAGUUGAGGAGAAGUCGAGCUCCCAGUUGUGUAGCGUGGAAAGUGUCGAUACAGACAAGAAAAAAGGAAACAACGAGGAAAAAGCGGAUACUUGGGCGAUGCCAGCAAUAAAGACCUCCGAUACCACCCAGCGGUACAAAAAAACCAUCAUUCUAUCCACGCACACCGCUGCCACUAUGCUUAUGCCCGAUCGUGUCUUCCAAAUUCAUACUGACGGCAUGGUUCGCGAGCUAAAAGAGUUCCAACCAAUCACGCAGAAACAGAUUUACUCUCAGUUUUUGGACUGGGAAAACUCGACUAAUGAGAUCUUCCACAGAAACAUCCAAAAUAUGAAUGCUGGGGAUAAAAAUAAACCGGCACAGAGCACACAAACUCGGGAUACAAGGAAGGUAACGUCCUCUCCUAAUUCUGUGAGCCCUAUGGCUAGGAAUGAGAUUCAAACAAACAAAAGCUUCGCUUUGUUUCAGGACUUUAAGGGCCUCAAGACUCUCCUGCUGAAGUACGCCGGUCCACGGCGUUUGACUUUGGUACUGUUCCUCAGCUUAACAGGACAACUAUUACAUACCCUAAUGGAUAACUGGCUUGGUAUCUGGCUCUCUCUUCAUAGUGACAACGUGGACAACGAUUUCCGUGACAAAAUGAUUCGGCUUGCUGGUCUACCGAUCAGAUUUUUUAAGGGUCGUCAUGUUCCGUAUAGCGAGCUUUUGCGUCCAGACAACGGUGGUGGCAUGGGGCGGUCCUGGUCCGCGCGUCUUAACCAAUCUCCGUCAUUGCCCUAUAUUGAGGGGUUGGGGUUGUCGUUCGGUAACACGGUGGUUCUCCGGGUGCUCAUAAGUUUAAAAGGCAUCUGGUGGUGGUUAUACUACUAUUUCGUGGAUUCACAGAAUGCGAGUGUGCUUCAGUUUCUAGUCUCAUUUUCAGUGAUUGGUCUCCUUACGGCCUUCUCCUCCUUCCUAUACAUGCGUGUCUUCUUUCUGACCUACCAAACCAUUAGUGAUACGUUGCAGCUGCGCGCGGUACGGCGCCUCUUGCGUGCACCUGUAUCCUACUUUGAUCGCGUCUCCGUGGGUGGGCUGCUACAUGUGCUCAGCCGUGACCAAGAAGUUGUCGAUCACAGCCUUGGUGAAUCGGUACAGCUCAUUUUCUUCACAAUUCUGCACUUCGUAGCGAUGAUUGCCUUCAACACAGUCCAACAUAGUAUCUUUAUCACUGUUGUCCCUCUAUCAGUCCUCCUAUUUUACCACUUAACAUUUCGCUUUUUCCUACUGACAAAGCAAGUGCGCCUGCUCGAAAAUAAGCUGCAUGGCAACUGUGUAAACAUUUUGAGGGAAUCUUUGAAGGGCGCUGUUACCAUUCGCUCCUUAGGCCAGGCGUAUAUCGCUAGUAUAGAGACUGAAAUGACAGAAGCAUUGGAUGCAGUUUGUACAGCAAACAGCGUCGCUCUUGCCGCCGAUCGCUGGGUUGGGAUCCGUCUCGAAUGGGUGUCACUUUUCAUGACGAUGACGAUCGCUGUGCUUGCCGUGUGUACCACAUGUUUCGCACGGAACACAAGCCGUGACAAGGUGGGUAUGGGCAAGGUCUCAGCAGCCGCUGCGUACGCAGGUCUUGGAAUCACUGCCUGCAUGUCUAGCAACCGUUCUUUGCUUCUCUUGUGCCGACGGAUUGGAAUGUUCCAGAACCAAUAUGUGAGCGCGGAACAACUGCUACGGAUAGAGCGUGAUACUCCCGAGGAAGUUGGGUGCUACGAUCUGGAGAUUGACGUGAAAAACGCAUCCCAGGGUGGCGAUGGUGUGAAAGAACACGCUACACUUUCGGGGUCUCCAACUGAGUCAGGGGUACCCUGUUCAAUCACGGCAUUAGAAACUGAAGGUUGCGACAACACAAAGCCUUUGAAGGAUUCUUCAGGCGCCGCAAAGACCGGGCCACAAUCAUCAAGCGCGCCAUUGCUAGACGUUCGACAUCUUUCGGCCAAAUACCAGCCAGACCUGCCAUGGGUCCUACACGAUGUGAGUUUCACUGUGCAUCCUGGCGAGUGUGUGGGGCUUAUUGGGCGGACAGGGAAUGGUAAAUCAUCAAUCUUCAAUGCCCUGUUGCAACUCAUGGAUGUGAUACGCGGCGAGGUGCUGAUUCAAGUGCCACUCUCAGAAAAUGGCGACUCCGACAUGCGGACACCCGCGCAUGUCUCAGGAGGGGAGGGGGCUGCAGACGGAGAGUUGUUGCGUCAUGACCAUGCCCAAAGAAAGGAGCAAAAAAAAUGUCAGAUACGCAAUGCAUUUCACAUGUCACCGAUUUGUCUCCGCAGAUCCUUCUUCCAUCUCGUCUCUCAAGAACCGCUGUUGAUUCAGGGCACCUGUGGCACCAACCUGCUUCUUGGGCUAGAAGAAGCCGUUGAGGGUGGUGCCCAUCAGGUAACGCGGACGGCAACCAUGGGUAGUGAGGACAGAGUCCAGAAAGACACCACGCUGCCGUCGCAGCAACACACGGCGUUGUGGAACGAGCGGCUCGGCGAUGUCAUCAGAAAGUUGUCCCUCGAUGAGAUUCUUGUCUCGUCCCCCACAGUGCCAUUUCCGACGGGAUCCCCCUGCCAAGAGCAUAGCGGAAUGGACACCGCAGUGGUCUCAGAAGAGGCACCCACGAUCCCUGCCUCUCCGGUGUCGUCUAUCCUGGAACAUAACAUCACGGUUGGUGGAAGCAAUUUGUCUGCGGGUCAGCGGCAGCUGCUGUGCCUCGCGCGGGCGUUGCUGCACCGUCCGAGGGUGAUUUUGUUGGACGAAGUGAGCUCCCGUGUAGACUCCCGAACAGAUAUGUUGAUUCAAAAAGUCAUCAAAGAAGAGAUGUUGUGUCGCUACGACAAUGAACUCCCUCAGACUACCACGCAAGUUUGGAACCAAAAGAAACCAAGCUUGGGCGAGAAUGGUCUCAAAUGCGAACCAUGUGGUGUCCUCCUCAUUGCGCACAGGUUGGAAACAAUCAUGUCCCUGUGUGAUCGGGUUCUGGUAAUUGAGAAGGGUGCGUGUGUGGCGAGCUUGUCUAUUGAAGAAGUCAAGGACCUGAAAGACUUGGAGUCAUACCUGUAA